GUGAUCUGUCACACGCUCACUUGUCCGAUACGCGAUUGUUUACGGGUUUGUCGCGGCCAACUAUGUAAUUUCGAAGAGUGUUACGGUCUAUUUUUGCAGUUUGUAUACGGUUGUUUUUAUAGUUUCGAUUCAAGAAUUCUGUGAUAGUCAGCUUUAAGUGUGAGUUUAGGAGAAAACAUGAAGAGAAUGGAAAAAUGUUGGGAAUUUGGACCAGGGAGGAUGGCCCUGGCAGCGUUUUGUGCCCAUUCAGUGUCAAUAUCCAUAGGGAUAUGCCAAGGAUACAGCGCCAUCUUGAUUCCACAGCUACAGGCGUCCACUAAGAUGCACGUCACGACAGAAGAAACGUCUUGGCUGGCUAGUCUGGGCGCGAUCACCAAUCCAGUGGGCUCGGUUCUGUCAGGCGUGCUGGCAGAAUACUUCGGUAGACGAAGGUCGAUCCAAAUAAGCAGUAUUCCUUUCAUCAUUGGGUGGAUCCUUAUUGGAAUAGCAACGGACAUCAACUGGUUGUACGCAGGACGUCUCAUAUCAGGAAUAUCAGCAGGAAUGUCAACUGCUUGCUACACGUACGUCAGCGAGAUAUCCACCCCGGAAUCCAGAGGUUUCCUGCAAGCCCUGGGUCCGAUUUGCGCUUCCUUCGGCAUCUUGCUGACCUACACCCUUGGCUACUACAUCCGGUGGUCCACGGUAGCCCUAAUCAGCGUAACCUUCGGUAUAUUCUCCAUGGUGACCAUCCAUUUCUUACCGGAGAGUCCUGGGUAUCUCCUGAAAAACAACAGAACAGCGGAAGGUUUUGAAGUGUACCUUUGGUUCAGGAGAAACAACGUCAUAGCCCAGCAGGAAAUCGAUAGCUACCACGAGAACCUUAAACAAAAUAAAAGCGACGGUACGGCCUGGAAGGAAGCAUAUCUCAGUCCUCAGACUGUCAAGCCGUUCUUCAUCCUUGUAAUAUUGUUCUUGCUGCAGGAGUUCUCAGGAAUAUACACCCUCCUCUUCUACGCUGUUAGUUUCUUCGAAGAAACCGACUUGAACAUCGACGACUACAUUUCGUCCAUCAUAGUGGGCAUCAUCAGAUUCACCAUGUCCAUCGUGGCGGCUUUCUUAAUAAACAAGUUCGGCAGGAAGGUGCUGUGCACUUUCUCCAGCUUGGGGAUGGCGCUUACCAUGCUGACGGUAGCGAUAUACGUCAAGUAUUACGAGUUGAACCCCGAGGAAGAAAAAAUCUUGAGUUACCUCCCUCUCGUCGGUAUUAUCUUCAACGUGGUGUUCAGUAUGAUCGGCAUGUUGCCCAUACCGUGGAUCCUAGUGGGGGAAAUGUUCCCUCUGGAGGUGAGACCCAUCAUGAGUGGGGUUGUCAUCUGUAUAGCGCAGACCUUCAUCUUCAUCUGCGUCAAAAUUUACAAUGACAUGCUGGACUACUUGAAUUUCAGCGGUACGCUGCUUGUCUUCGUGGCGGCUUCGAUAAUAUCGAUAGUGUUCAGCAAGUUUGUGCUUCCUGAAACUAAGAACAAGUCACUGCAGGAAAUAGAGCAGUAUUUCAGGAAAAACAAAGGAGAUGUGGACGGUUUUGACAACAAGGCAUUCGACAUGGAAUCGGAGGGAAGGAACAGGGAGGUCCAGGAGGUCUUUACAGUCAGGGUAGAUAGUUAAAUGUAGCAUUUAGUUCUUAAGUUUAGUACAAUAAGCGACAAUGUGAUCUGUAAGUUUUACCAAUGUACUUCUACUUGUAUGUUACCGAGUAGUUCUCAUAGAACUUUUAAUUUAUUUUGUUGUAAAUAAAAGUUAUGUUGUUGAAA